GGCACCCGUAGCCUGCGACAUCGGAUGACGUUCCACCCGAGAAGGAGUUCUGUAAUCCAAACAUCGACGAAACCUCAUCCAUAGCUAUUUAUCGAUAACAAAUUCGUUAUACCUCAUCAAGUAAAUUAACAGCAUGGCUGCUCAGAAAAUUAACGAAGCUCAUGAGCACAUAGCUAAGGCUGAAAAAUGCUUAAAGACAGGUCUGACAAAGUGGAAGCCUGAUUUUGACAGUGCUGCGUCAGAAUACGCCAAAGCAGCUGUGUGCUUCAAGAAUGCGAAGCAGUACGAGCAAGCGAAAGAUGCUUACCUCAAGGAAGCUGAAUAUCACACAGAAAACAAGACGCUUUUUCAUGCUGCAAAGGCUAUUGAACAGGCGGGUAUGAUGAUGAAGGAACAAAAGAAGAUGCCAGAGGCCAUCCAGUACAUAGAGAAAGCCUGUAUGAUGUACAUGGAGAAUGGGACUCCUGACACUGCCGCCAUGGCUCUGGACCGGGCUGGAAAACUGAUAGAGCCUUUAAAUCUAGAGAAAGCUGUGGACCUGUAUCAGAAGGCAGCUGGCGUGUUUGAGAAUGAGGACCGCCUGCGUCAGGCAGUUGAACUGCUGGGGAAAGCCUCCAGACUUCUGGUCAGGCUAAGAAGGUUGGAUGAAGCAUCAGUCGCGCUGCAGAAAGAGAAGAACAUGUACAAAGAGAUUGAGAACUUCCCCAUGUGCUUCAAGAAAACAACUGCUCAAGUGCUGGUUCAUCUUCACAGAGGGGACUUCGUAGCAGCUGAUAAAUGUGUCAGAGAAAGUUACAGUUUGCCAGGCUACAGUGGAAGCGAAGAUAGCGUUGCCAUGGAGACACUACUGCAGGGCUACGACGAGCAGGACGAGGACCAGGUCUACCGUGUGUGCAACUCACCUUUACUGAAGUACAUGGACAAUGACUACGCCAAGCUGGCCAUUUCCCUGAGGGUACCUGGAGGAGGAGGAAAGAAGAAGAAGGCUGCUGCUGCUCCACAAGGCGGUGCUAGUGGGGCGCCAGCUGCCGCCGAGGAUGAGGAUGAUUAUGAGGGAGGGCUGUGUUAGCCUGGAGCCUCCAGAGUGCCAACACUACCCAUCUGCUGCUCCACCACCACACCCUCUGUGUACAAGUUAAAAACCUUGACAAAUUCUUUGAGCUCUGAAGCCCAGAUGUGUGGCUGUUUAGUGUGCAAGAAAGAAGAAAAAAGCUACUUAAAAAAACCAACAGUUGGGGUUGCAGAGGAGUCGACCCAAGUUUAAGCAGCCUUUUUAAUUUGUGUUUCCUUGAGGUGGAUCCUCAGUGUAAUGAAAAAUCUUCGAUGUUCAAUAAUGAAUGGAAGCCUGUUGUAUGUAAAUGUUCAAUUACUUCUUGUCUCGUGAAGCUGUACAUUUUGCUCUUGUCGUUGAGUCCUAAGAGUGCUAUAGGUAUAAUCAGAAAUACUCUAAAUAUGUUUGAGUUUGUCAGUGUAUAGGUGUUUAUUUGUACAGAGUUAAAUUAUUCAGUAUUCAUGGCUGCAGCCUUUUGAAAAUGUUACCGGAACAAUAUGCAAUCAGUGUGUAAAUGCAUGUUUGGAAUAAUGCAAUGGUAAAUCAAAGCGCUUAUUCAAGUUAUCAAGAAAAAGUACAAUUCAUGAUGGCGCAGCUUGUAGCCAAUUGAAGAGAGUGUGUGUGUGUGUGUGUGUGUGUGUGUGUGUGUGUGUGUGUGUGUGUGUGUGUGUGUGUGUGUGUGUGUGUGUGUGUGUGUGUGUGUGUGUGUGUGUGUGUGUGUGUGUGUGUGUGUGUGUGUGUGUGUGUGUGUGUGUGUGUGUGUGUGUUCCACCUUAAACUAAACAAAUAGUCAUGGCUGUGUCUUUAUUUCCAAUUCCCCCUAUUAAUUUCCUCUUUAAAGCUGAAUUAGUGCAUUUAUGAUUUAGCUCAUCGCUCAUACCGUAAAUGCGAGAAGCACUAUUAGGGACAAUAUCAUUUACAUGCUAAUUAAAAUUAUUUGGAUACCACAUAACUAAAGGUGAUAAAGGGAUUGUUAACAUUUUUUAUUUGUGCUGUUGCCCACUUCUUGUAUUUUCCUCAAGAGCAUAUCUCAAAACGUUGCACAUGCAUCAGUAAACAUUUCCAUUGUGUGGCAUUUUAUGGUUUCUGUGCAUUUUCUUAAAUGAGUUAGUGGACAGAUUUUCCAUCUUAGUGAACAGCGGCUGCAGAUGUCUGGCCCAAAAUGGCCUCUGACAGACAUGUAAUGACUGUGUAGCCUCCCAAGACCUAUUUAGCUUUAAUGAGGCUAAUGCUCUUCCUGUUAAGCGAUAUUUAAUGCAUACACAUUCAUGCUACUUUUGUGAUGCCCUCUCAUUAUCUGUGAUGCUUCCGUGCAUUAGCAAGAUCAAGACUGGACUUGAGUGUACGUACAUAAACUUUGCCAUUGGUGAAAAUAAAAAUGAUAAACUGUU